UGGCCUCACAUUUCACCCAAAAUGGAGCUUGAUAUUCGACAGUAUAUAACUACAGCGAAGGAGAGACAAGACUGUGGAGCACUGCAGUCAGCCUUCAGUUUAAUCAAGGAGAUGACUGGAACCAACCGACAUGCUCCACGCUUUUCCCCAGAGGCGUACGUCUUAUGUGCUGAAGCAGCUCUACAGCUGGGACAUUUGGAGAUAAGCAAAGCGUGUCUAAAGAUGUACUUUGAAGCUAAUCCGCCGGCUAAUCAAUUUUUGGGUCGAGCCUACCUCUGCCAAGGCCAGCUCAAGUCUCCCUUGGCCACUGGGAGUGUGGAGGACUUUGAGGAGGCUGUGCUCUACUUUCUUAAAGCAAUCGAAGUUUCAAAACAUGAACCAAGAUACCACUUCUUGGUCUUCAAUGCCUCAGUGCUCUACUUCCAGACCGUGCGUCCUCUCCUGCAGCCGGGGCGUUGCCUCCACUUGAUUCCAUCCCUCACGCAAGUGGUCCAGAGUCUGGAGGAGGUGGCGGACCAAGACCACAUGUGGAGAGCUGAACUGAUGAUGCAACUGAUUAAAUGCCUUGUGGACUCUGGGAAGAUGGAGGAGGCUGGAAGUUUUGCUAAAGUUACAGAGGAGUUCAUCAAGUCUCAUACCCCACAUCUUUAUCCACAACUCUUUACUUUGCUGGUACAACAUAAGCUGUCAGAGAGUGAUGUCCUCUUUGAAAUGAGUCAGCAGUCUUCUACCCUAGCAGCUAUUUACAAGAUUCAACAAUUCAAGAUCUGGUUGGAAGAAAUAAAAGAUGGUGAGCUAGACAGAGAGGAUUCUGCCAAGCUUAAAGAGAUUUUUGAUCUCUUGCUGGAUAAUAACAAAGAGUCUGCAGAACCCCUGAACUCAAGCCCACCUCAGAGCCCAGCACCCAUCCCACCAGUUGCAAGAGUUGCCUUCCUCCUGGAGUUGGCUCUGCUGGCCUUGCAAGUGAAGCAUCAGAAAGUAGCUGCGGACUGUCUGAAAGAGCUAAAGACGAUGGGAGAGGCUAGCAUUGGUCAACGCAUAUUAAUGGAAUGUAUCAACUGUGAAAUCAGCCUCCUGAAGAAAGACUCGAAGAUGAAUGACUACUCCAAAAGCGGCGUGGAGGCACGUAUGAAGGAAAUAGGCAAGUUGGAUCAGUGGCUCCAAACUGCAAUGAGAGAGGGGGACCCUGAGGCCAUGCAGGCAGUGUGUACUACUCAGUGGAGUUUCUGUUUGCCGCUUCUGCAGCACAACCUCAGGAAACACGUCAAGACUGCUCUGCUGAGAGUGGCCCAAGCGUUGGAAGACGUACAAAGCACACUGCUGGAGCUGCGCUGUCAGGUCCACUCAGAGCUGGCUCUGAUUGAAGAGGAGGAGGGGCGCCUCGAGGUGUCUUUGACUCACCUUCAGCGAGCCAUGCAGCUGGAUAAUGGGACACAACAAGAACGCCUGUCGCUAGCUUUUCGCCUCCUGCAGCUCAGAGGGACCCUCUACCAAACACCGUCCCGGGCUGAGGAUAAAGCCGCUAUGCUUAUGCAGCAGGCCAGGGACAUGCAACUCCAAGAUAAGGCAGACAGUCGUCCCAUGCUGGUUGCUGUGGGUCUCCUCUUGGCUCCUGAUGAUUUCCAGAUGGUUCUGGAUGCAGACAACCCUUCCCAAAUUCCUGUGGGCAGUGUUGGAACCGGCCCAGUGGCUCAGCUAUCUGCGAAGGCUCAGCAUCACUCUGCAUGUGUACAGAAGGUGGACAGACACUUGGCCAGUCAAGGAGAAAGCAACAACCAAACAGAGAGAGUGAAAUUAUGGGCCGCGCUAGUGAAAGCAGCCAGGAAACAGGAAGUUUGGGACGUGUGCCGAGCUGCUUGUCGAUUCUGUCUGCUUUACGAUGACGGGAGGUGGAAGGAUUCCAAGACUAAUAAUGGUAAUUGCUCGAAAGAGGAGAGCAGCGCCGAAGAACGUCUUAAUAAAUGCAUCGUGACCCACAGCUGUGAAAAGGACUUACUGCGCCUCUUAGCUGAAAUUUGCUUCAUAAAUGCUGAGGCUACUGUCCAAAAACUGCAUGCAGAAGGGGUGCAGCUUAAUGAACAUCCUGUCCCUCCGGUGGAAAAGGGGGCGUUUGUGUCUCCAGAUGAUCCACACUGGAUUAUUUACAGGGACUGGAUCCAGGCUCUGUCUGCCUACGCCACCUCCGGCUUCUUGCGGGCAGCGGAGCUCGGAGCGGAGAUCAACGAGCCGUGGGUGAUAACAAAUGCUGCCAUUUACCUGUGGAACUACAACAAGCACUUACUAGCAGCGAGGGAAUACCCACACCUGCUGCCCACUUUCCAGGUUUUGGUGGAGAUGCUUCGAAAGACAGAGUACACUGGGAAUCAUACUCUUUUUGUUCUGCUGUGUAACGCUGUGGCUUUGGGGUUGAUCCAGCCUCUUUACGAACCAAACAUUGCUGAGCCAGUCUCGUCUACGGACAAAGGCAAAAACACAGCUGAAAAGGGAGUGGAGAAGAUUGCCAGUGUCCAGGGGGUUUUCUUAGAUCCUGCUGCCCUGCAGGAUGUCCGUAAGGCACUUGAGCUGUGUGAAUACGCCCUUCAGAUGUCCAGUUCUGAUUCCGCAGGAGAGGCUGUUCCCAUCGCAGCAAGGAAACGGGUGGUGUCCACGUGGGUGCAGGUCAAGAGACUUUUACAACAGCAGAUCGGUCCAACGAUGGACGCAGAUGAUGAGUGUAAGAAUGAGGAAGUGUCAGCGAUGAUGCGUGUGCUGAUUGGACUGGAGAUGUUCCAGUGCAAUAGGAACCCGAAACAUAUGGAGUUCUCUCUUCCUGCUCUCUCCACACUGGUAAGCAUGGCAUCUGAAUGCAGCUGGAAUGAUGCCGUGGUGGAGAUGCAGGUGUGGUGCCAGCUGGCUGCCGUCUGCCACUAUGCCAAAGACCACAGCUUGGUGUUGUGCUGCACAAAGAAUGCUCUGCAGCUGGAAGAAGCUGCAACUAAGAGCCUCAGUACCACGCACCACGUUUUGUACGAUCAGUCAGCAGUGAAUGAGAUGCUGAGCAGUGCAGAAUGUUUGAGAGCUCUGAGUUUAGUCCAUGAGUCGACUGGUCAUCUUCAGAGUUACAAAGAGGCUAUGAACAUGCUUCUGUCCAGCGUCAGGUAUGCAGAGAAAGCUGAGAACCCAACACUGUGUGUAGCUGCUGCCAGGCAGUACUGGAAUGCUUGUCUACCUCUGACGCAGAUCCCUGAGGAGCGAUGGCAGCUCCAAGAGUCCCUGGAGAAAACCGUGAACGCUCUGACUGUUACUCAUACCAAAUAUACAAAUAAACCGAGUAAAGUCAAAGGUUUGCUGAGCUUGACAACCAAAUCUUUUGGGACUUCUAAACCUGAAGCAUCAAAUGAAGGUGACCUUACCCUGAGAGUAGCCAUUUACAAUCUGUUGCUCCGCAUCCGCAUUGAUAAAACAGACUGGAAAGGUGCUCUGCAGCUGUUGGACAAAGCUAUCAGAGACAUGCCAUGCACCACACACAGACUAUCCUUGGUGAAACAUCGUAUCCUGGUGAAGGCACGACUGGGGCAAAGUGUUGUGAUGGACAUGCAGAAGUUUGAGGAUGAAGGAGAGCAGUGUUGUUCAUUCAUGUGGCACCAGGUGGCGCUGUGUGCUGCCAGUAUACACCAACAACUGACCUGCUACCAGAAAGCCAUUACUACUCUGGUGAGUGCGGAGGCUCAGUGGCAGAAGGUGAGCCUCCUGCUGGAGUUUAGUGAAUGGAUGUACUGUCACAACUUCCCUAAAGCUGACGUCCAACACCAGAUUCAGUGGGCCAUAGACCUCCUUCUACGCUCAGACACUGAACAGACAGAGGGAGCAGAUGAUGACACCAAAACCAAGGAUACAAACCCGAGGAGAUGUGGCUCCACAGUGGGAGUCCAGGGCUUGUUAUUUACACAAAGUUUGUUCAACGUGGAAGAUGUGAGGCGUCUUGACAGCUUGAUAAGGGCACACACUCUGCUCGCUGUCAUGGCCGGGAGGACUUCACCUGAGCACCGGCUGAACUUGCUCAGGGCUUACACUUUUGUGCUCCAAAUAUGGCAGGUGUCCAUGGCAGUGGUUUGUGACAUUUCCAGUGAGAUGGCAAAGAGUAAACCAUCACAGCCUCCUCCAUCUGCAGGAUCCAAAAAAGGCAAAGACAAGGGCAAAGGCAAAAAGCCCUCCUUUGAUGAAGACAAACCUAAGCUCCCCGUCUUGGACCUUACACCUCCUUCCACUCCAAAGGACUGGGCUUGUUUCGUCUGUCCAGACCAGGCCAGGCAGAUCUUCAGAAACAACAGCAAUCCCAACUGUCUCAAUAUACACAGCAUUACAAAACAGACUCAGAGCGUGUUUUAUCUCAACUUAUUAGCAAAAGAGCUUCACUCGCUGUCUUACACCCAUCUGACCCUGCCCAUAAUGCACCUUGCUGAGACCGUUGCUCACGAUCUUUUAGAUAAAAGGAGCCUCUCUGACCUCUACCGACUCAGAAUUGUGAGGACGUGUUGUCAGCUGGGUUUGGAGACAUAUUCACCGUAUCACGAGAAGCUCCCGAGUCUGAGUAGAAUCCCGGAGCAAGAACAAAUGGAGUAUAAAGCCGUGGUGGAAGAGCUGGCUGGGCCUAGGCGACAUGGUCUGGACAUGAGUACUCAGGACAUUUGGCUGGAUAAAGCUGACGUUUGUCUCAGUAUGGGGUUCUUUCAACCGGCCCAGCAGCUUCUGGCAGAAUCCUAUGUAGUGGCUAGAGAGCUUGGAAAUCAAAUAACUAUGGCAAGAAGUUUGCUCGGUCUGGCGUCUCUGGCCUGUGAAGAGCAAAACUAUGGUCAGGCUCUGAUCCUGCUGGAUGAGGCUCAGGCUUUGGGUGGGGAUGAUGAGUUCUGGUACCAACUCACCCUCACCAGAGUCAGAGCUGUGGUCAGCCAGGGAGACCGAGACAGCACCAAGAUCGAUCAGAUCAUAGAACAAGGCUGCGGGGCACUGAAACAGGUUCUGGAACAGCAGGUAAACCGAAGCCCGGAGUUGACCUUCAUGAUCACAUCAUUACAGAUGAGAGGUGCGAUGGAAAGUAUUCGGGCCACAGAUGUUGUUGGACCUGGAGGAUCUCUCUGCAGUAAAGCCAAACAGAGGCUCAUGGUUGACUGUGACAAACUUCAACAGUUUGCUAGUAGUUUUACCAAACUAAACAACAGAGAACAGGCAGCAGAGGCCCAUACAGGCUCCUCACAAGCACUGAGAAUUUUAGCCCACCAUGUGACUGACGUGGAGGAGAAACAACGCUUCCUGCUGGAUGCUCUUUCCCAAAUGCAGUUAGCUGUUGCGGAGCAGGAACAUGUGGUGCUGAAUGCACAGAGCCUGCUCCCCCCACAGGAGGAGUGUGACGGACUGUCCCUGGCAGCCGUGAGGAGGCUGCUCCGUCUUCGUCUGGCUUUGGCUGAAUUGUGCCUCACCGUCCUGGAGGAUGACUGCAAUGAGAGGAAAUGCCAGGCUCUUGCGCGGCAGAUGAAGACCUCUGCUGAGAUUGCAGUAGAGGAGUUUAUACGCUGCACACCUGAACCCGACUCUAUACAACAGGAGUGGGUGAGUGUGGUCAGUACCCUGGGACAGGUGACACUGAGCCAGCUGGCUGCUGUAAGCACUACCUACCUGGAGAACAUGGAGGCUGAAGCUCGCUGCCUGGGUCUAAUGGGAAAGUAUUUUAGACUACAGGCUGUGCUGGAGGACCCCAUUUAUCUGUCCUCCCUCUGGGACCCACACAUGCAGGAAACCUGGUCUGACCCUAAAGUUGUAUCCGUCCAGCAGGAGAUUUCAGAGAAAGACGGAGAAUCCAGCAGAACAGAGCUGAGGACGACCUCUGCCAAAAAUGCAGAGCUGCAGGUACAUACUUGUAAAGCCCAGCAGCUGCUGUCCCAGGCUGGUCAGGCGCUCACCGAGGCCAUCAACCUGUGUCUCCAACACGGGCUGCCGCCUUCCAUCCUGGCCGACGCCUCUCACAACAUGUUGGAGUGUCACGGUCUGUCUGAUCCUGCAGUGACGGGUCAAUACCUUGCCCUGUUUCAGAGCUGCUGUGCUCUCACUAUGAUGGCUGAGGUCCUAAGUUCUGCCUGUGCUGACACCAGUGCGUCCCAGUUCUCAGCGCUGUUCAGCCUCCGCCAGACACUGCUCCUCUCUCAGGAGGACAGGCCCAGCAGCAUGCUGAAGGGGGCAGAGGACUCCCUCAAGAUUCUCUCCAAGGCUUUCGGUCACCUGUCCAUUAAUCCCGACCACCUUAACAUCCUUGCAGAGCUGCCACCCAACUUAAAGCUCCUGCUGCUUCAACACUCUCAGGAUGGGAAAGAACUUUAUGGAGCCAUGUAUGAGAUGACCAAAGCUCCGGAAAAUCAAAAAGGAAAGACUACACAAGCUACAGGUACUCUGACAUGCUCGAGGGUGGCCAAGGUUCCAGUCUGCCCGCAGGCUCUGCUGGCACUCCGGGAUCAGACUCAGGCCAUCGGCCAGGAGGCUAGACAUGGCCUCCUCCAGGAAGCCUGUUGGUGCGGUACCGAGGGCAGACCCGAGGCUCCGAAGCACCGUCAGGAUUACUCCCAUAACUGUGCUGCAGAUGAAAUAUUAGCACCCCACUUCAAGGAGCUUGUACAAGAUAUGGAAAACUAUUUGAAUCCACUUCUCACACAGUUUGACUUCUCUUGCUCAAGGCCCCAGGCUGCAUCAGCACCAGCCCCUGAGACGACCAAAACCAAAGAUAAAGAUGAGAAAGUCAGCGCAGUUGUAUUACCGGCAGAAACGGGGGAAUACGUGGUGUUGCUGGCAGACCCGACGCUGCUGGAGUUGCCUCUGGAAGCCUUGUCCGUCUUGCAGGAGGAAAGACUGACUUCUGUGUCACGGGACUUUUCCCUUCAGCUUCUCCACAGUCGCUUUCACAGAGAGGAGCCAGAGAAAGUUGAAAGUGACAACAAAAAGGAGACUAAAGGUGGCAGAGGAACUAAGGCGAAGGGGGAUCAAAGCCAAGCCAUCAAAGUGGGGACUGCAAACUGUGUCUUGCCUCCCAACACCAUCCCAGUCAACGCACGGAACGUCAAAUAUAUUAUUGAUUCAUACAACGAAGGCAACUUUGGAGGCACCAGUUUAUCUAAGAGGAUGAGUGAGAUUUUGGAGAGCCACAGCCAGCAUUUCACCCAUCUGUGGGAGGGCGUCAUGGGCAGCAAACACAGAUCCAGCUCGUCUGAGAUGGAACAGCUGCUGACCAGAUGCAGUGCCUUCAUUUACCUGGGGAUGGAGCACUUCACCAGAACAAUUCCACCUGCCAAAAUAUCAGCGCUCAAUCUGUCUGAGUGCUUCAUGGCUCUACUCUUUGACCUAGUUCAAAACAAAACCACUGAUCUGCGCCAAUCGAACCUCAACCUGCAUAAGAGGUCCCCGGAGAAUCCACUGGAGACGUCUCUGCUUCUGAGUUUGGGAGGUGUUGGCUGCGUUGUCGUCAAUCAGUGGCACAGCAGCCUUCAACAGAACACACACAAUGUGGCCUCUAUUCUGGACAAUCUUCUGAAGCUUAAACAGACGUCAGGACAGACCAUCCAUUCCCUGAGGAAGGUUCACACUCACCGUUCUCCGAUACCAAACCAGAAGCUCGUGGGAUCGUUAGAUCAUGUGCCGCACACGGACUCAGACAGAGACAACCUGACACCAUCAGCCUUCAACUGUGUUCUUUAUGGACUACCGAAUUUAAUUUUUACGUGAUGUUCUUCAUAUCUUCAGUAGAUUUCCCACCUUUCAUAUCAGAC